AUGAGUAUGAGCAGCGCGCCACGGGCGAGCCAGCUUUCAGGCUCGACUGUCUAUCCUUCAACUGCCAGCCUGAACUCCCUGGCAAAUGCAAGCACAGUCGUCUCACCGCCCUCUGCCGGUCAGGUCGUGGCCACCACAAACAUCAUCAACCAGAAAGCAGACGCUUCGCGGUCGCUCUACCAAAUAUGCGUCGCCAUCAAGAGCCGGCUGAGCCUCGCUUCCGGCUUCGAUGAGUACAUGGCGCAGCUCGAGGAGCGGGAACAGGAAGGAGGAGAUGCCGGCGGACCUGUCGAAGGCCUCUGGGGCCUGCUGAGGACAGGUGUUCCUCUCCUGGCCAUCUACAAUGCGACCGAUCCCGACGAUCCCCUCACCGUAAAUGUACCGAACGCAACCGACGCGAAGAAGGGAAAGCUCGCGAUUGCCAAAUUCGUACAGGGAUGUUCGAAAGAACUGAAGAUACCGCCUCAGGAAAUGUUCAUUGUUGCGGAUCUACUGGGCACUGACACCUCGGGGUUCAGCAAGGUCCUGACUGUCAUCAACAUGGUUCUCGAUAUUGCUCAGCAACGAGGUCUCUUGAGACAACCGCAACAAGUUCCAUACGGCGACAUCGAUGCCUCGGCCCCUGCAGGCGUUCCAAAAUUGAGCUACCGUGACCACAUUAUCCGCGAGCUUGUCGAUACCGAGCGCAAAUAUGUCCAAGAUCUAGAAAAUUUGCAUGAUCUGAAGAAGGCGCUGGAGCAAAAGGGCGCGAUCAGCGGCGACGUUGCGCACUCGAUUUUCCUGAACAUCAACUCCAUCCUCGACUUCCAGCGCCGCUUCCUGAUCCGCGUCGAGACAACGAAUUCAAUGCCCGAGCUUCGACAGGAAUGGGGCAGUCCGUUUGUGGCAUACGAAGAUUCGUUCAACGCUACGUACCAACCUUUCAUUGCCAACCAGAGGAAAGCGGCCCUGAUCGCGAGCCAGGUCUUUGAUAAGAUCCAAACUAUCCAACACCCUGUGGCCUGCGAUUACAAUACCUUGGACGGGUUUCUGCUUAAACCUAUGCAGCGACUCGUCAAGUAUCCCCUGCUCCUGAAGGACUUGAUGAAGAAGAGCGAAGACGAGACCAUCAAACAAGACUUGGCGGCAGGUAUUGAAGCAGCAGAACAUGUCCUGAAGAAAGCAAACGAGGCCGUCGACCGGGACCUGCUAGACGAGGCACUGGAAGAGCUGGUCGGCCGCGUGGACGACUGGAAGAAUCACCGCGUGGAGCAUUUCGGAAAGCUACUGCUCCAUGGCGUGUACACGGUCAUCACCGGCAAGACUGAACAGGAGAAGGACUAUGAGAUCUACCUUUUUGAGUGCAUAUUGCUGUGCUGCAAGGAAAUCACGCCAAACAAGAGCAAGGACAAGAAGGACAAGACCAAGUCGACAGGCCCCAAGAUGCGAAAUAAGAACAACAAGCUGCAGCUCAAGGGACGUAUUUUCAUGACAAACGUCACAGAAGUGUUGAGUUUCUCAAAGCCCGGAUCAUACACCGUGCAGAUCUGGUGGAAGGGCGACCCCGGCGUGGAGAACUUUGUCAUAAAGUUCUCGAACGAGGAGAUGAUGAAGAAGUGGGCUACUGGUCUCGACAAACAACGGAAGGAGAACGCGCCUCAGAGCGCGACAAGUCCGGACCAGUCGACGGCGAACUUCAGGUGGAUGGAGGCACAAGGCAGCGACCUGGUAAACCCCUACGCGGAACACGACGAGGACGAGGACGACUUCCCACCUCCAUCAUCAGCGUCGUCCUAUAACCCCAUGCAGGGAGCCAUGCCAAGGACGGCUUCCAGCACGAGCCUGCGGCAACGGUCAGGAACACAGGAGAGCACGAUGUCGUUGGCGAGCAUGGUGCGCCGACAGCCCCCGCCCAGCUUCCCGAUGCCACAGCCGCCAACGGCCCUUUCGCUGCAAACCGGAGCGCAGCCACAGCAUUCACCCGGCCCACGCGGAGGAGAGUCGUACUUUUCCCCCGUUGCCGAAUCACCUGCUUCAUCAAGGACGAGCACCACAUCGAGUUUCUUUGGUCCGAGUUCCAGCUACAUACUACCCAAGAAUGGAAUGCCACAGACCGGUUGGUCAGAAGACAAUAAUCGGUAUACAGCCCCGGCCAUGCCUCGAGCCCCUUCCCGCGACGGACCCUCCCCAGCGAAUGCGUACGGAAUGGUGAACGGCCGCAACCCCCGUGGACCCUCGUUGCCAGCAAUGGCAACGUCCUCAUCGCAGUCUAACGCCGCGCAACAAAGAAGCGUCCAGAGGGAUCGCCUGCAGCAACAGUAUGGCGGGGGAGGCCAAAUGGCCCAGUUCCCGGCUCAGCCUGUUCAUCGACUAAACACCGCGGGUGCCCCUCCCACCUCGAACCCCUUGGCCAGCCCUAACCCGAAUGACGCGCCCUUCCAAUCCCAACUCAAGGUCAAGGUCAACUGCGACAGCGGCAACUACGUCACCCUCGUGGCGGCCUUCAACAUUACGUACCAAAGCCUUACCGAUCGUAUCGAUGCCAAGCUCUCGCGGUUCACCAACUCCAGUAUUGGUAAGGGAAAUCUGAGGUUGCGAUACCGCGACGAGGACGGCGACUUCGUCAACAUCGAGAGCGACGAGGACAUCCAAAUCGCCUUCUCAGACUGGCGCGAGAACAUUCGCAGCAUGUAUAGUGGUGGUAUGGGAGAGAUAGAGCUCUUCUGUGUGGGUGACAUGGCUUAG